GAGGAUCUGGGGACUCUCCUUUCCAGUCAGGCCGCUUACCUGUAGCUAGAGCAGUGUCCAGGGGGGCCGGCCACAGCCCCACCCGCUUCUGCUGCUUUGUGGGUGCGCCUCUGCCUCUGCGCGUGUAGCUCCUUGUCUUCCCUGUCUCAGUGAAAGCGAGUGCAAAAACUCAGGGCGCGACUUCAAUGCAGUAGGAAUUGUGGGACUGAGACACUGCUCACAGAAUAACACGGCCAUUUCUACCUUUAUAAAUGAAUGAAAUCAAGCAUCUUGCUACUCUUAAUCACAAUUACAUUGAAUUUGAAACAUGGGGAACCGUGUCAUUGCAGUUGAUACCUGAAAAGCCAGAAUGGAGAUGUCAAUGCCCCCACCUCAGAUAUAUGUAGAAAAAACUCUGGCCAUUAUCAAACCAGAUAUUGUUGACAAAGAGGAGGAAAUACAAGAUAUUAUUCUCAGAUCUGGAUUCACCAUUGUUCAGAGAAGAAAACUACAUCUCAGUCCUGAGCAAUGUAGUAACUUUUAUGUGGAACAAUAUGGGAAAAUGUUUUUCCCCAAUUUAACAGCUUACAUGAGUUCUGGACCACUUGUUGCUAUGAUAUUAGCUAGAUAUAAAGCUAUUUCUUACUGGAAAGAACUUUUGGGACCAAGUAAUAGCUUAGUAGCUAAGGAGACACACCCAGACAGUCUAAGGGCAAUUUAUGGCACAGAUGACCUAAGGAACGCACUUCAUGGAAGUAAUGACUUUGCUGCGGCAGAAAGAGAAAUUCGUUUCAUGUUUCCUGAAGUGAUUGUUGAGCCCAUUCCAAUUGGACAAGCUGCUAAGGAUUAUUUAAAUUUAUAUGUGAUACCAACUCUGCUUGAAGGACUCACAGAGCUUUGUAAGCAAAAACCAGCAGAUCCUUUCAUUUGGCUAGCAGAUUGGCUGCUGAAAAAUAAUCCUAACAAACCUAAACUUUGUCACUAUCGAGUUGCAGAAGAACCUCAUUAAAGUCCUCUAAUGAAUAAA